CAGCAGCCCCCGGACUACUGAGGGACGCCGGCAGCAUGAAGGCCCCGAUCCCUCAUGCCCGCUGCCUCCCUCGGGGCCGGCUCCUGCUUGUCGUCCUGUGCUCCUUGGUCUUCUCUGCCGUCUACAUCCUCCUGUGCUGCUGGGCCCGCCUGCCGCUCUGCCUGGCCUCCUGCCUGGAUCACCAACCCUCUCCGAGCUCCAGGCCCACCGUGCUGGGGCCCCUGCAUUUCAGUGGAUACAGCAGCGUUCCGGAUGGGAAGGUGAGUCGGCCCGGCCGAGGCUGCCAGGGUGCCCCCACCCUGGGGGCAGUGGUCUCGCACACGAGCGUGCCGCUGCUGCUGCGCAACUACUCGCACUACUUCCGGCAGGCCCGCGACACGCUCUACGUGGUGUGGGGCCAGGGCCGGCACAUGGACCGCGCGCGCGGCGGCCGCACCUACCGCGCGCUGCUGCAGCUCAGCAGGAUGUACCCGGGCCUGCGGCUGUACACCUUCACCGAGGGCAUGAUGGCGCGCUGCGACCAGAUCUUCCAGGACGAGACGGGCCGGAACCGAGAGGAGAGCCACCCCUCGGUGCCUUACCACUACUUCGAGAAGGGCCACCUGGACGAGUGUCAGAUGUACCUGGCGCACGAGCGGGCGCCCCGGAGCGCCCACCGCUUCCUCACUGAGAAGGCCGUCUUUUCCCGCUGGGCCAAGAAGAGGUCCAUCCUGUUCGCCCACCCGUCUUGGAGGACCGAGUAGCCCUUGUCGCCUGGUCGGCCGCCACGGCUCCGCCAGCGCCCUGUCCCGGCCUGGGCCACCACACUCCACCAAAAACAUCUUAAUUUAUGGGUCCUGCUGCGCGCCGGUCGACCAGGGGUCCCUUCCCGCCCCACCCUGGAGACUCUUGAGCCAUCUUGGGCCAGGGGCCGUGGACGGGGCCCAUCCCUCGUCGCCAUCCCUGCUCCUGGAGGAAUCCGCUGCAUCUGGGGCCUCACCUCACCUCCAGGGCUGCCGAGUGGCCUUUGCCCCGGGGCUGAUGGCCCCACUCACCAGCAUCGUGAUGCUGUGCCAGUCCUGUCCUUCCCCCACAGUCGCCCUCGGUGCCAUACUUCUCAGGCCAGUGGCCCCAGCUGGGCGAGGGAGGGGCCCCUGCUCUGUGCCUGCCAGGGCCGUAUCCGCAGCGUACGGGUAAACGUUUCUCCGGAAACUGUC